AUAUGGCCGACCAGUUUCUUCAGAGCCUUUCAAUGACCAAUACAUAGCGUUAGCAAUCCGGUGUUUAUAUACAUCAUGAUGUGUAUGUAACCCAAAAAGUUGUGUUACAAGUUUCAGUAAGGAGCAUAUUAUUGCAUGCACGUGUAGUCAUAUAAAAACGAGGCGAUAGUUAACCUAUCAUUGUCUCCAGGAGAAUAUUUUUGGCAAUUCUAGUGCGGUGUGCAUGUGAAUCUAUUGGGCGAUUGUGCAUUUGCCCACCAGAUGCUCAGCUCAUUUCCUGGAUUUAUGUACAGUAAAGCAGCGGCAUACAGUAUGGAAAAUACACCAAAAAACAAACUUCACUACUAGAAAACAGUAAAUAACUCCUGGACAAUCAAUCAUGGAUGGUUCUACGAAUAGUCUAGAUGAUGUGUCGGCAGGCAGCAGCGCUGAGUACCCAGACCGGGUGUCCGUGAUGGAAGGGCGCCUUCAGUUGCAGGAGAACGAGAUCACUCUGCUCAAGUCGUCACUGGCCGACGCGCUGCGCAGGCUCCGCCUCCACGACCAGCUGAUCCCCCUGCUCAAACAGCAGCUCAUCGCAGUGAACCCUGCAGCGGCCCGUGUCCUGAACCAAGUCUUCUGCUCUGAUGGUUUCUCCAGCUCUCGUAAACUGUCGUCCAGCUCGGCCCUUGAUGGCACCCACCACCCUGCCACCAGCCAAGUGGGAAACAACAUUGAAGGUGAGAAUGGUCACUAUGGGGACAAUGGAUCCCUAGCCCCUAUGUGUAAGGCCCCUACAUAUGAUCGGGCUACCCAAACAGAGCUCACCCCGCUGGGGCAGGACCAGGGGCUAGACGGGGUCCCCCUGGCUCUCACCAGUGACAUCCAGAGCCUCUCCCUGGAAGAUGCCCUCCCCAAGGGUAUCUCUCUGACUGAGGGGUCCCAGGCCAAGCUCCACCGCAUCCAGGGGCUUGAAGAGGAUGAUGAGGAAGUGGAGAAGGAAAAGGACCUGAGCAGGACGUCUUCUGUAGAGGAGCCCAUCCACCCCACCACCAUCAGGAGCCUCCAGAGAGAGGACCUCCAGGACCCCAAUGGCUCCACGGAGAGCCUGAGUUCAGCCCGCCAGACCCCAAUCUCGGGGUCCCCAGUCCCCCCUAAGGACCUGCCCCCCAGCCCCCGGAGCGGACCUCUCUCCACUAUCCUGGAGGGCCAGAAUAAACCCUUAGUUCGCAGGAACAGUGAGAAACUGGCAAAGGACCCCCAGGAGAAGACCAAGAAGCGGUUGGACAAAAAGGCAGCUUCUUCGGCCAACCUCCUCACCCGAUCCCCCAGUCUGGAGAGCCGGACCAAAGAUCUCAUCGCCAGUGCAGGUUCUCCCGGAUCGAGACGAGGAACCCAAGGUCAAUCAAUCAAGAUGUUCAUCCGUGGCCGACCAAUCACCAUGUACGUCCCCUCCAACAUCCAGAACUACGAUGACCUGAGGAUGGAGCCACCUGUAGAGAAACUGGAACUCGAUUGGGUUUACGGUUACCGGGGGCGCGACUGCCGAGCCAACCUGUACCUGCUGGCGUCGGGGGAGGCAGUAUACUUCAUCGCGUGUGUGGUGGUGCUGUACCACAUCAACAACCGCACUCAACGCCACUACAGCAAACACACAGACUGUGUCCGCUGUCUAACCAUCCAUCCAGACAAGGUGCGGGUGGCGUCGGGACAGACGGCUGGGGUGGAUAAGGAUGGCAAGCCCCUGCAGCCUUAUGUCCACAUAUGGGAUUCCUCCACACUGAUCACCCUACAACAGAUAGGACUUGGCACGUUUGAGCGAGGUGUAGGAUCUGUGGCCUUCUCCUUUGCAGACUCUGGAGCCUUCCUCUGUGUGAUUGAUGACUCCAAUGAACACAUGCUGUCUGUGUGGGACUGCGCCAAAGGAACCAAGCACGCAGAGGUUAAGAGCACCAACGAGGCAGUGUUUACAGUAGAGUUCAACCCCAACGACAGCACCAACAUCAUCACCUGUGGGAAGUCUCACGUCUACUUCUGGACGCUAAGUGCUGGCUCUCUCACCAAGAAACAGGGCAUCUUUGGGAAAUACAAGAAGCCCAAGUUCAUCCAGUGCUUUGUGUUCAGCCUGACGGGAGACGUGCUGACUGGGGACUCAGAGGGGAACAUCCUGACAUGGGGCAAAUCACCCGGCGACGUCAAGACACUGGGGAAAGGGGCCAAAGUACCUCCUCAACCAACUAUGCUACCAGACUCCAUAGCUGUGACACUUUUUUUUCCCCUUGCUCUCCAAAUGUGUGAGACCUGUGACAAUAAGACAUUCCAGAUCAUGCGGCAGACGCGGGCCCACGACGGCAGUGUGUUUACUCUGUGUAUGCUGCAGGGGGGUGCUCUCCUCAGCGGCGGGGGCAAAGACCGUAAGAUCAUCCGCUGGAGCGCUGACCUUGCACCCGAGAGAGAGUGUGAGAUUCCAGAAAAGUUUGGGGCGGUCCGUUGCAUUGCGGAUGUAGACGGGGAAGAGUUGUUGGUUGGUACCACCCGAAAUGCCAUCCUGAGGGGCACUUUCUCUGACGGCUUUGUGGCUAUAGUACAGGGCCAUGUGGAUGAGAUGUGGGGCUUGGCCACACACCCCUCCCAGGAUGUCUUCCUCACCUGUGGACAUGACAGACAGGUGUGCGUGUGGAACACAGAGGAGCACAAACUGGACUGGUGCACCACGCUAGAGGAGUAUGGACUGUGUGCUGAUUUCUGUCCCAAUGGGGCUGUGGUGUCUGUUGGGCUCAGCACAGGCAGGUGGCUGGUCCUUGACCUGCAGACCAAAGACAUAGUCUCAGACUACACCGACGGGAAUGAACAGCUGUCCGUAAUGAGAUACUCAACAGAUGGUAGCUUCCUGGCAGUGGGUUCCCAUGACAACUUCAUCUACAUCUAUAACGUCACAGAGAGUGGACGGCGCUACUCCCGCUACGGAAAGUGUAACGGUCACUCCAGCUUCAUCACUCACCUUGAUUGGUCCAAAGACGGGAAGUACAUUAUGUCCAACUCAGGCGAUUACGAAAUCCUUUACUGGGACAUCGCUGGAGGCUGCAAACUGCUGAGGAACCGCUAUGAGAGCAAAGACAGAGAAUGGGCGUCCUACACCUGCGUACUGGGCUUCCACGUCAUGGGUGUGUGGUUGGAGGGUUCAGACGGUACAGACAUCAACGCCCUCUGUCGCUCCCACAAUGAGAGAAUGGUGGCGGUGGCCGACGACUUCUGUAAAGUCCACCUCUUCCAGUACCCCUGCCCUAAACCCAAAGCUCCAAACCACAGCUAUGAGGGCCACGGCAGUCACGUGACCAACGUGCGCUUCACCCACUGUGACAGUCACGUGCUCUCCAUGGGCGGCAAGGACACCUGUAUCCUCCAGUGGAGGGUCAAGAGAGGAGGGACGGGGGACAGCGGUGGAGACCGCCUACACUCCUCCUCUUCCACCUCAACCAGCUCCCCAGAACCUUAAGGGAGAGAAGGAGACAUGGAGAGAAAGACAGAGACUGAGAGAAUCAGAGAGAGGCUGAUAGAGAGACAAAGGGGAGAGAACGUUUACAGAGGGAGAGCGAGAGGGAGGGAGCAACUUAGAAAGAGAGUGGCUUCUGGACCUGUGGCGUAGUGUUUGUGUCUGGCUUUUAAAUCGAAGCAGGUUUAGGAAUCACAUCCCUGAUGUCCACAGGAUUCUCUGUUCAAACACAAUGGAGUUUUGUAAUGCAGAUAUGAGCCACACAUGACGUAAUGAAAACAUUUAAUACAUCUGGGCACAAUUUACUUCUCAGAAUGAGUGAAAUGCUGUUGCAUCUUUGUGAAUUUCCUAGAUUGAUGCAAUUGAAAAAGGUCAAACUGUUAACAACUGACUGUUGGGACUGCCAUCAAUUGUUGAAAACAUUCCAAAAUAUCCUAUUUUGUUUACUAAAUUGUUUACCAUGCCAACUUACCCUAUUGAUGUUUUAUGGUUGUCUUCUCAUAAAUGUCAUAUAAAAUCAUACAUAUCUUGUGCUGUUGCGAUCUAUGAAUAUUAACUUUUUAUGUGCUUCUGACAAAUUUUGCAUUUUGCCACAUGUUGACAAUCACUCAAGUGCCUUAGAAUUGAAUAACAAAAAUAUUUGCUUUACUCAUUGUAGUUUAAACUAAUCUCCUGAGUAUUAGACAAAUUUCCGAAAUGUUUACCUUCAUUGUACACUUUGCUUUUGUAUUGGAUUUCUUCUAUGUUUAUUUAAAAGUACUUUUGAAUGGGUCGUGGUUUUCUUUGUCUCCAGAUAUUUCGAUCAAUAAACUAUGACAAACUAGU